AUGUUUCCUACGCCGGGUCAGAAGGACGGCAAGCAGAUCUCUUCGGAGUCUCCUAGUACCCCGAUCAAGAAUACAUUCGUAACUCCCAUUGCGACACCGCAGGGCAGCCCCAGCAAGAAGACCAUCCCUCCCGGUGCGAACGAGCUCCCAGCUGUCUUCGACAAUGCCCUAAAGCUCAACCCCGUCUCCCUCGAUGGCCCAGUGAAGCUCGGCAGACCUCAGUCUGGUGCCCCUCUGUCUCCUGCAAAGAGUAACAUUCAACCUGUCGACGAUAUCUGCGCUGCCGGUACACCUACCAACGUCGAUAGCAGCAUCAUUCAUAAGAGUGGUGUAAACACAGAAAGUCCGUUGAAGAAGCAAGGGCAAGAGAAUACCCCGCCCUCUAAGAUUCCCAUCCGAGAUUCCGUUUAUCAGCACAACCAAGCUGCCGUGUCUCGCCAAGAACCUUACCAACUUCGAGAUACUCGACCUAUCACACCCAAUACCAAGAAAUUUAACACAUCUCGCGGUUUGACUGCCGAAGAGCUAGAGAUUCUGAAGAAGCCUAGUGUCCGUCGUUUGGUCAAUGUUACUCAACUAUACUUCCUGGACUAUUACUUCGAUCUUCUUACAUAUGUCGGUUCCAGACAGGCGCGACUAGGUGCUUUCAAGACAGAUGUACCUAAGCCACCCGAGACUAGUCAGGAGGAAUAUGACCAACUAUGGUCAAAGUACACGGGCCGAGAGCGAGCAGCGCUCCGCAAGCGCCGAAUUCGUCUUCGCCACGGUGAUUUCCAGAUCCUUACGCAGGUUGGCCAAGGCGGAUACGGACAGGUGUUCCUGGCUCAGAAGAAGGAUACCAAGGAAGUAUGCGCUCUUAAGGUCAUGAACAAAAAGCUGCUCUUCAAGUUGGAUGAGAUCCGUCAUGUUCUCACAGAGAGAGACAUUCUCACUACGGCCAACAGCGAAUGGCUUGUUCGUCUCCUGUACUCUUUCCAGGAUGACAAGAGUAUUUAUCUUGCCAUGGAAUACGUCCCCGGUGGUGAUUUCAGAACCCUUCUAAACAACACGGGCGUCCUAUCCAACCGUCAUGCUCGCUUCUACAUCGCAGAGAUGUUCUGUUCUGUGGACGCGCUCCACAAACUUGGUUAUAUCCACCGAGACCUGAAGCCGGAGAACUUUCUCAUCGACUCUAGCGGACACAUCAAGUUGACGGAUUUCGGAUUGGCGGCUGGUAAUGUGGCAUCGUCAAAGAUCAACUCAAUGCGCAUCCGACUCGAGAAAGCUUCGGAGACUGAAGUCCCAUUUGGUAAGGCCAUGGAGAAGCGAACAGUCGCAGAGCGUCGAGAGGGUUACCAGACCAUGCGUGAGAGGGACCUGAAUUAUGCGAAAUCCAUAGUAGGAUCUCCUGAUUACAUGGCCCCCGAGGUGCUUCGCGGCGAAGAGUACGACUAUACUGUCGACUAUUGGAGUUUGGGAUGCAUGCUGUUCGAGGCCCUUACCGGUUUCCCUCCCUUCGCUGGUUCCACGGCUGACGAGACGUGGCAAAACCUGAAGCAUUGGAAGGAGGUACUCAAGCGCCCCGUCUGGGAAGAUCCCAACUACUUCCUAAGCAACCGCACUUGGAACUUCAUCACUACGUGCAUCAAUUCAAAGUCUAGAAGAUUCUCGGUUAUCAAGGAAAUUCUAGAGCAUCAAUACUUUGCCGAGGUGGAAUGGAAGACUCUGAGAGAAUCCAAGGCCCCGUUCGUACCUGAGCUGGAUUCAGAGACCGACGCAGGGUACUUUGAUGAUUUUACCAACGAGGCUGACAUGGCCAAGUACAAGGAGGUCCACGAUAAACAACAGGCUCUCGAGAGCAUGGCCGACAGAGAUGAACAGAUGAGCAAAGGUCUUUUCGUCGGAUUUACCUUCCGUCACCGCAAGCCUACUACGGAAGACGGUAGCCCGCGCAAGCGAAUCCAGACCGAAGAAACCUUUGGUACGAUGCUUUAG